GUCACCUCAAAUACGCCCUUUAAACCGUCGCCGUUAUCCUUCAGCUCUCCUCGUGCUUCUCCUUUUCGUCGUCCCUCUACGCCGAACUCUCCGCCCACAGGGAUCACACCAGGGAGUUCACCAAGCCGAGGAUACACCCCGGUAGUGUCUCCAAGCAAACUGAAUCAGUCAUAUACCAUUGAGCACGAAGAUGCUUCGCCAACUAGUCGAGAACGAAUCCCCCAACCCCGAUUUUCAAGAGAGUCCCCAUCUGCAUCGCCAACCAGGGGGGCCAAUUCACCGGAUCGGUCACCGAGGAUGGGUGUCCGGUCGAUGGGCAUGACGGCGGGAUCGUCAGAUGCAGCUUCUAAACUAGCGCCGGCGCAACUCCGAGAAAUCAGAGAGGCUUUUCAGGUUCUCGACCGGGAUAAUGAUGGAUCGGUGAACAAGGACGAUGUCGCAGAUGUGCUUGUGAAUGUUGGUCAAGAUCCGUCUAUGUUAUCCGACUUCUUCCCCCCGGGGAGCCCUGAAACUAUCAACUUCCCUACAUUCUUGAACAUCUUGUCCGGUCUACUCGCGCCGUUGUCGUCGCGCCAAGAACUAGUGAAUGCGUUGGCCGCUUUUGAUGAGGACGAUAGCGGCCAGAUCAACGUGGGGGAACUUCGCGACGCUCUUUUACACACGACUCCGGACGAGGGAGAGCUUCCGCUCACCGAACGAGAGAUCAACGAAGUUCUGAAUGGGUUUACCGGGCGCAGGGCUUUUGGAGCCAAGAGCAGUAAGGGUCCUGGAGGAGGAAAGCGAGGGGAGGUAUUUAGAUACCCGGAAUUUGUGGAUGGGGUCCUGGGAGGGACCCAGAAUGGACAAGCAAAUGGACGGCAGGAAGCUUGA